CGGCAUCCUCCGCACAAAGAGGGCCGGGGCAGGUGCGAGCGGACGCCGCUCCGCUCGUCACGGCAGGCUCCGUUUUUAACGAGGAAACGCCUUGAAAACGGCGGAGCGGCGAACGGCUGUGAACAGGUUGAUGGCGGAGUCACUCAGUUCCAUCCAAAGCCAUGGGGUGCACACGCCUCGCUGUGCUGCUGUCUGUCACCAUGAUCUACCAAGUCUCAGGUAUGAGCUUUAUGAAUCCUGAGCCUGAUACACCGCCAACACCAGCCCCGGACUCGUACCCUCUGGGCGACCUGAUCCACGCGGCGCUGCAGAGUAAGGAGUACCUGGGGCAGGCGCCUGCGGGCACAGGCACCACCACCAACCCCACGCAGGCCGUGCCCGGCGUCCGGCGGGCCGCGUCCACGGCGGCGGCCAUGUCGCCGGGGCUGCUCACCACGGCCUUCGGCUCGCCCUCGGCGGCGAGCAGGAUGGGCUCCAGGAGCCCCGCGUCCUCGCUUCCCAUGGAGGAGGAGACGACCACCACUCUGAUCACCACCACCACCAUCACUACGAUGCACGUGCCAGUCCAGUGCAACGCGACGCUGUUCAGCAUGGAGGACGUGGUGGAGUCACCGGACCCCGCGUCCCUCGCGCCCCUGGAGUGCACCUACAGCAUCACCGUGUACGCCGGCUACGGCGUGGAAAUCCAGGUGCGGAAGGUGAAUCUGUCCAAGGAGGAGUCUCUGAUGAUCAUGGGCUACGGGGGAGCGGCGCCGGAGCUGCUGGCCAACGAGACGCUGAUGCGGCAGGGCCAGGUGAUCCGCAGCACCACCAACCAGGUGUUCAUCCACUACCGCAGCCGGCGGCAGCGCGACCACGGCGCCUUCAGCCUUCACUAUCAGGCCUUCCUGCUCUCCUGCCCGUUCCCGCGCUCCCCCGAGGGCGGCGGCGUCACGGUGACGGACAUCCACCCGGGCGGCCAGGCCCACUUCCACUGCGACGCCGGCUUCCAGGUGCGCGGCCACGAGGUGUCCACGUGCGUGAACGCGACGCAGCCGCGCUGGAGCGCGGCGGAGCCGCAGUGCGUGGCCGUGUCGUGCGGAGGGUGGGUCCGCAACGCCACGGUGGGCCGGAUCCUCUCCCCCCCCCCUCCGGCGGUCAGCAACCACAGCGGCGGCACCAACCUGAGCUGCCACUGGCUGAUCGAGGCCAAGGAGGGACACCGGCUCCACCUGCACUUCGAGAGGAUCGCACUGGAUGAAGACGACGAUAAGCUGAUCGUGCGCAGCGGGAACAGCUCGCUGUCGCCGCCGCUCUUCGACUCGGACAUGGACGACGUCCCCGAGCGCGGGCUGCUCAGCGAGGGCUCCACGCUGCACCUGGAGCUGACGGCCGAUUCCUCCUCCAUCCCGCUUCUCCUGGCGCUGCGAUACGAGGCGUUCGAUGACGAGCACUGCUGGGAGCCGUACGUGCCUCACGGCAACUUCAGCAGCAGUGACAUCACGUACCAGCUGGGCACCACGGUUACCUUCGCCUGCUCCCCCGGCUUCGUCAUGGAGCAGGGCUCGGGCACCAUCGAGUGCGUGGAUCCCAGCAACCCGCACUGGAACGACAGCGAGCCCGUGUGCAAAGCUCUGUGUGGGGGGGAGCUGACAGACCCCUCGGGGACCAUCCUGUCCCCCGACUGGCCUCAGAGCUACUCCAAGGGGCAGGACUGUGUGUGGCAGAUCCACGGGAAUGACGAGAAGCGCAUUGAGCUGGACGUGCAGAUCUUGAAUAUCCGCCACACCGACGUGCUGACCGUUUUUGACGGCCGUGACCUCAUGUCCCACGUGAUCGGCCAGUACCUGGGCUCCAGGGAGCGUUUCCAGGUUGUGUCCGGGGGGUCAGAGGUCACCAUUCAGUUUCAGAGCGACCCAGACGAUUCCAGUUUCAUCCUAAGUCAGGGAUUCCUCAUUCAUUAUCGCGAGGUCGAGCCUAAUGACACCUGCCCCACCCUCCCUCAAAUUGACUUUGGCUGGAUCAGCUCGUCCCACUCCUCCCCAGUGAGGGGCAGCGUGCUGACCUAUCAGUGCCAGCCGGGCUAUGACAUCAGCGGCUCUGACAUCAUCACCUGCCAGUGGGACCUGUCCUGGAGCAGCAGUCCGCCAACCUGUGUUAAAGUCCAGCAGUGUCCUGAUCCGGGCGAGGUGGUGAACGGCGCGCGCUCGGUGCGUCCCGAAGCCGGUUUUGCAGUGGGGACAGUCGUGCGCUUCUCCUGCAACCAGGGUUAUCAGCUGGAAGGCCCCAGUCAGAUCUCCUGCCACGGCCGGGACACCGGCACCCCCAAAUGGAGCGACCGCAGCCCCAAGUGUGUCCUCAAAUACGACCCGUGUCCAAACCCCGGCGUCCCUGACAACGGCUACCAAACGCUGUACAAGCACAGCUACCAGGCGGGAGAGACGCUGCGUUUCUUCUGCUACGAGGGCUACGAGCUCAUCGGAGAGGUCAUCAUCAGCUGUGUCCCCGGCCACCCGUCUCAGUGGAACAGCCCGCCGCCCUUCUGCAAAGUGGCAUAUGAGGAGCUCCUGGAUGAUCACAAGCUAGAAGGUGAUUUAGUGUCCCAGUCGUUCGAGCCGUCCCAUCAGAUCCUCAGUGAGAACAUCGCUUUGGCGAUAAUCCUGCCGAUCAUCCUGGUCAUCCUUCUGAUCGGAGGAAUUUAUAUGUACUAUACGAACAUUUGCAGACUAGAAUGGAAGCCUCUGUUCUGGAAGUCUCUGUCUCACACGCACUCCUACAGUCCCAUUACAGUUGAGUCCGAUUUCAACAACCCCCUUUACGAGGCAGGGGAUACACGGGAAUAUGAGGUAUCCAUUUAAAGGAGCACACACAUCUUGGUGAGAAUUGAAAAAAACACAGGUUAAAUUGUACUGGAGGACAAAUUUGUUGGUAUUAUAAGGCCUCACUGUCCCUUUAUUGUUCGUUUCUAAUGAUUACACCAUUGAACCAUCAGUGUAUCUCUGGUUUAUAAAUUGUGCAAGUGCUUUACUUUGAUUUGUUGCACUGGUGAUGAUCUGCCAAACAUGGGUCCUACUUCGCGGUCCAGCAUUCUGUAUAAUUAGGACUGGUGCCUUAUGAAGGGUAGGAAACUGACAACAAAGAAAAAACAACAAGAAGAAAGAGGGGAAUGGUAGGAAGGAAUUUGUUUAUUUAUUUAGAAAGGCCAGAACAUUUGAAAACUUGGCAAUACUUUAUUAGUAACAGUCAAAAGUACAGUUAUGAACAUACAACACAUACUGAAUGUUUUACUUUUAAAGUGGAUCGUGUUAAAUUUUACAAAGUCUUGUAGUAAAAGGGAAGAAUUCUUUCAUUUCUAUCACCAGAGGAAGCUUACGAUCAGUUUCUCUUCCUCACUUUGUCUCUGUGUAACAAACACACACACACACACACACACACACACACGAAUUGAAUGUAAAUAUCUGACUUAAUAUUCAUUGAGGUUUAUAUAUACGCGUAAUUAUAUAUAAGCCUCGUGUAUACGCUUAGACGUGGAGGCGGGAGGUUAUAUAUUUUCAUUAUAUAUGUAUAAUGAGAAUUCAGUGCCAAAAUAUAAUGUUGACUAAUUUAAUGUCCAUAAGUGUUUCAUCUGUUGUUACAGUAGUGUUUACAAAGGCAGUGUUUAUUUAAUUCUUUGCUGUUUAAGCAGUGCGUCGCCACCCAGUGUCAUAAAAGAAAAGGUGAGGACAUGAAUGUCAUUAUGCUUAGAGCAUGCACUGAUUGUAAAUUAUAUUGCUUCUGCUCAAUCUCGCCAUUAUCAUUCUAGUUAUUGACAGUUAUCAUUGUUAUUCGAUUUGAUGUUGUAUGCACUAUGUUGAUGAAAACUUACAAACUUGGCUGCUUGCUGUGAUGCAUUAUGUAUUUAUUUACCACCGAUUGUUCGAGCGGUGAAUGUAGUCUCGUUCACUGUGCCAAAUGAAGGAUCCAGGAGACUGUUGCUUUGUAGACUAAACCUUCUCUUAUCAUUAGUAGCAUUCCUUUGCUUCAUAUAUGAAUACACUCUUUUGAAGGCAGUAAAUUAUUUGCUGAACUGGAAAUAAAGUCUCUGUUGAAUGGUG